ACAUUAUCACCCAGUCAGCUGUUUAAGAACCGUUAUAAGUCGAUGACCAUGUGGACUUCUUAAAAAUCAAAUACCCGCCAUAGAUCACUUUCAGAUGGCUGAGAAAUGGGAGACCUUUUACUAAAUACACCAAAAAGAAAGCAAUUGCUCAAGGAUGGUCCACCCGUACCCACUAGGUGUCAGGUGCUCGGACGUGGAGCCCACGGCACCGUUUUUAAAGCUAUAUACAGAGAUCGCUCCGUUGCUGUUAAGAUAAUUCGUGCCCAGGCGGCCUCAACUCUGCACAAUGAGUCCCAUUUGCUGAACCUGGAGCACCGGAACAUUGUACGCCUUCUGAAGCUGGAGUCCGCCCCAGAUUUCGGCUUGGUCAUCAUGGAGUGUCCGAGGGGACAAAGUCUGCAGAGGAUCGUUGACACUUUGGCUCUACCACUGAUGCACAGGGUCUUAAUAACUCUGGAUGUGGUUGCUGCACUGAGAUACUGUCAUUCCCAAAACGUAUUACAUCUGGAUGUAAAGCCAACCAAUAUAUUGGUUGCCCUGGGAACAAAGUCUUCGGUAGCUGGAAAUGCCACUAAGGUCAAAGUGAAGCGAAGCUACAUCUGCAAGCUCUGCGAUUUUGGCUCCUCCAUUGAAGUUGGCGAAUUUUGUGCUUGGCAGGAGCCAUCCGUUGCCAAGGGAACCCUGCGAUACAUGUCUCCAGAAGCGCUGCGAUCGGAUACUCUUACCGAAGCCUCCGAUAUCUACUCCCUGGGCAUUACAAUGUGGCAACUGCAAGCUCGCAGAUUGCCCUAUCACACGCUCGAUUGCAAUGAAACCAUAGCCUACCAGGUGGUUAAGCACGAACUGCGUCCGGACAACUAUCAUCAGUUAAAGAUUCUGGCUUUGGACUCUACCAUUGACUGCGAUCGGAGCUUGGCCAACGAAAGCGCCGCCAACGUGAUCUGCAGAACGGCAAAUACCUCGGCGCGACGUAAUCUGAGCCUCGAUCCAUCUUACACCGCCGGCCGUGAACUGAAAAAGAAGCGCCGCCGGAACCGAUUAGCACUCCACUUUGAUAGUCCGGCGCCGGAGGGCAGUGCGUGCUCGGAAAGCGCUUACUCGAAACUAUACAAAAGCUGCUGGGUCAGCGCCCCGGAAUCACGAUUGAGUUCUAUUCAGCUGAAGCAUGAGCUGGAUUUCAUUCUUUGUCAUAGCACCUAGGUGGUAGUCUAAGUGAUCGUGUGUGUUUGCAUUUUAUGUUAUUGAUUCGUAUAGUACAUACCCGUAUUUAUGUAAGAUUUUACCAACCCAAGCCGUGAUAACUGAAUUUCGAGGGCCAGGGCACCUGGUUAGGUCAAUGAUCAAUUUUUCUGUAACUUCUUUUUGUUUAUUUUGUACUCGCUACGCUAAGAAAAUACAUUUAUAAUGUUUAU